AGCGGGCAGCCCUCCACCAAGGAAGAGAUGGAGAUGGCAGACUCUGAGCGCCCGCCGCCCAAGCAGAACUGGUAUGAGCUCUACGUGCUGCCCUGCUUGGCUGAGCUGCUGGGCAGUGCAGCCUUCGUCUUCAUCGGCUGCUUGUCGGUCGUGGAGAACACAUCGACCACCGGGCCACUGCAGCCAGCGCUGGUGCAUGGGUUGUCCAUCGUGCCCAUCGUUGUCAGCCUGGGGAACAUCAGCGGAGCUCAUAUCAACCCAGUCGUGUCCCUGGGCAUGUGGCUGAUCGGUGGGAUGAAACUCAUCAUGCUCGUCCCCUACUGCAUUGCCCAGCUCGUCGGAGGGAUCUUAGGGGCAGCCCUGACAAAGGCUGUGGCAAGCAGUGGGAACUUCGACACCUACCACGGAGGGGCCUUCUCCACCAUCAUAUCAAAUGCACAGAUUGGUCCAGCGCUGGGCAAUGAGAUCAUCCUGACCACCUUCCUGUUGCUCGUGGUCUACAUGACUGCAGUCAAUGGGGAAACCAAGAGUCCUCUGGCACCUGCCUCCAUCGCCCUGACAGUUGCCAUCAACAUCAUGGCAGGGGCUAACAUGUCUGGACCCUGCAUGAACCCUGCCCGAGCCUUUGGGCCAGCUGUGAUAGCCAACUACUGGCUCUACCACUGGGUGUACUGGGUCGGGCCGCUUAUUGGCUGCCUGAUCUCCAGCUUAUUUAUGAGGUUUGUGAUCGGUGAUCGGGCAAUGCGCCUGUUCCUGAAGUGAGGCUGUACAACACAACCCCGGCACCUCCUGCUGCAGAAGCACACUGCUGAGAUAUGCUGGGACAGCACUGCCAUGUCCCAGCCAUGAACCACAUCUGUCCUGCAGGGCUGUGCCUGGCAUUUGAGGCACUGCAUGGCUCUUUGCCAUGGGUGCAGCAUGUGGCUGUGGCCGGAAGGUCUGUACUGCUGCUGCUGGGCUGCUCCUGUGCCCCUCUGCUCCCCUGGGAGCUGUGAGAGCCACUGGUUGCUGAGCACAGCAGCCACUGUAACCUCCAUAUGGUGGCACAAAGCUGAGUAAAGCAACAGGCGGCAUAGCUCCCCAGUGCUGGCACCAAUUGAUUCCUAUAUUGUUUAUUACUAUUAUUUAAGGAGCGUGCACAUGCUGGGGGCUUCCUGGCUCCAAACAUGCUGGGGGCACCACCAUUCUCUCCCCAAUCCUGCAGUAUGUGGUCCUCAUUUCUGCGUCUCUGCUGUCCUCCCACAGGCUGUGCAGCACUCAGUUACCCCCUGCAUGCACUUGGGGCUGUUUGCUGUGCAGGGAGCCUGGCUGCACUGUAUGUGGCUGCACUGUGUAUGGCUGCACUGCACUCCACGUGGCUGUGCUGCAUGUAGCUGUUGCUGCACUGUGAGUGGCUGCACUGUGUGUGGCUGCGCUGCAUGUGGCUGUGCUGCACUCCAUGUGUCUGUGCUGCACUCUGUGUGGUUGUGCUUGUGUGUAGCUGUGCUGCGUGUGGCUGUGAUGCACAUGGCCAGGCACUGGCUACAGGUUCUGCAGUGUCUGCAUUAUUUUGCAACCUGUGCCAAUUGAACUGCCCCUGUAGCUGCAUGCCAGGAGCCUGGAUGCAGUUCUUGGAGGCUUCACUGCAUGCUGAACAAAAAGGGAAAUGCGGAUGGGAGGGAAGCCCACACUGGCUGCUGGCAGGAAGACAUGAUUUCUGAGAUAGCAGCUGGCAUGGGGAGAGCAACCAGCGCCAACUGCUGCACAUUUGGGAUCUAUCCCCAUCCCUAAAUCAUCCUGGCUCCUCAGGGUGCGGGUGCUGGUGGUGACCCCUCCUGCAGCUUGGCAGGCUCUGUGCAGCAAUGACACCAGCACAUGGGCAUUCUGUAGUCUCUCCCAGGGGACCUUUAGUUGCUCUGAAUUUUGCAAACUUUUAAACAUGGCUGGAGAUUUCUGAGCACAUCUGAUGAAGGCAGCAUUGUUGGGGGGGAAGAGGGGUAGAGGUUGGUUAGCAGAAGUGGGUGAGGUUCCAAGCAAUGUCUAUUGCUAUUCCAGCCCAUACAAGCACUGCUACGUGGUGCCCAGGGGAAGAGGCUGCCCUGGGGAUGCAGUGCCACACUGGGCAUGGGGACAGACAGGAGCAUUUCUGUGGAGGUCGUGGGACAAACCCCAUGGGGUGGGCUGGGACACAGCACCAGAGGAGGAAAACCAAAGGGCUUGGGCAGAAAUGGCCCUGCAGCCCCUGGCACAGGGAAGGAGCCCUUGGGUGGGUCUGGCAGAGUCCUCUCCAGUGCAUCUUGCUAUUUUCAGCUCACUCACUAUUUUCAGCCCAGGAAAUGACCCACACAUGCGCACAGGUUCGUACACAAAGCCGUGCUUUUUGUUAUGAAAAGAACGAGGAUGGUGGGAGGAAAGGCCCCACCAGAACGGCCCUGGUCCAGGUGAGAGGGGCGAGGCGGCUGCUUUGCUCGGGAAGGAAAGUGGUGCAACCUGCUACGGAGACAAACAGCGCGGAGAUGUCACCGGGACGGUCGACAUGGCAACGCUGUAAAAAAUGCCUGAGCAAACAGGGAGUGAAGGCGCUGCUUCCAACCGGGAGGACUCCCCGGGCUGGGGGGCACCGUGAGCACCGGAGCACUAUGCACUGCCCGCUGCAGAGCUCAACCGGAGAGUGGCUGAGGCUGCAGGAGAGGGGAGGAGGGGAAAGCGGGCGACCACCUUCCUCUUUCGGGAGGAAACACGGCCCGUGGCACCCGCAGGAAGCACAGUUAUAGCUACAGCUGCUGCUGUGUUGGAGCUGCGCUGCACCCCUGCUCUAUGCUGCACCCAUGCACAUCCUCAUGUCCUUCCCCGUUUUGCUGUUGAUGCAUUCAGCGCUCUCAUUUUUGAUUUGUCAGGGUGACUUUUAAUAAAGCAUCUGUAAUAC